AUGAAUUACUCUAACCCGAAAUUUUGGAAGGGAAUUAAUGCUGUAAAAAUUAAAGAUGUGUGUUACAAAGGAUUGUCCAAGCCGGUGAGAGCGGUUAAGCAGGUCUGUCCUAAUCAUUUCGAUGGCUUUAAAUGCUGGAAGGAAGCCAUGGUCGGGCAGACCGUACAAGAGCCAUGCCCAGACUACGUGAUUGGGUUCGACUUGAUGAAGUCUGCCAGUAAAACGUGCGGAUCUGAUGGGGUCUGGUUAGACCCGACCAAUUACACUAGUUGCUUAACUAGUGAUGAGGAUCUAGGCGUGCGGAACAUUGGACACUUUAUCUACCUGGGUUCUUACGGCCUCGCGUCACUUAUCAUGGUUAUGAUGUUUUUGAUUUUCGGAGUUUUUCGGAAGAACGAUCGCUGGUUUCGCGUGAAGACCCAUGUCAACUUUUUCUUUGCUAAUUUGUUCAAAAACAUCAUGUCUAUGACAUGGUAUAUAAACGUGAUUCGGGACCCAACAGUGGUGUUAUUUAACCCGAUAUGGUGCCAGAUAUUAAACAACCUCACUAAUUACUCUAACUUGGCGAGUCACUUCUGGCUGUUUAACGAGGCCCUAUACAUCUACCUUGAGGUUGCUAUCGUGCAGUCCAGGAUGAAGAAGUCAUUGUUGCUGUUCACCAUUAUAGGAUGGGUCAUGCCUGCAGUUAUCGUGGCGGUUUAUUCCAUGAUCCGCAUUUUCUACUUAGAAGACACGGAAAGUUCUUCUGAUAAAGGUAGUCUACAUAUUAUACCAAAAGACAAAACGAUUACCUGGCCAUACGAUCAAAUGUCCCAAAGCUUCUCUUUUUUGAUUGCACUGUUCGCGGUUCAGGACUACCUACUUAUGAUGCAGCAAUCUCGUCAGUAUGCUCUCAACGUGACAUUCCAAAUAGGUUCUGCUUUCGUCAUUAUUUUAAAGGUGCUGAUCUCGGCCACAAACAUUUGCUUCACCAACGAGGAUCUUGUCACAUCUUCCGGCCAACGCCAAGAGGAUCCCGAAGUUGAAAUCCCUAUGACCGACAUGAGAGGUAAGUCUUACUUACUACUUCAUACACUUGUUGAAAGAGGGUGCAAGUAA